AUGCCCCGACGCAGUGAGCGCCUGAUGCGGCGUUACAAUGGUGACAAUGGAGGCAGUGGCAGCAGCAGCACCAGCAGCAGCACAGGGAUUUCCCUGGUAGCUGGCCAGCACCCAGCCUUCCAGGACAGUGCCUUUAGGAUGAGCUGCAGUGCCCAACAAGGGCAUAGGAACCCACUGGUGGUGAAGGACUUGUGGGACUAUGAGGAGGAAGACCAGGGAAGCGAAAUGCCUGUCAUCAGCCUGUCCCCUGGACCCUGUUUCCAAUCCUCACACCACUUACAAGGAAUCGGUGGUCAGGCAGGCCUCUGUCAGGGGACCCUGGGCCACCUGGCUGAGUGGAGUAACUCUAGGACAGUGUGUGGAGAUGAGCUUCUUAUGGAAGGAUCCCCAAGCACAGUGAGAGAGCCUUGGGAGGAUCCAAGAGCAGAAGAGCAAGAAGCAGCUGCAGAGUUAGCAGGCUGGGACCAGGCUAACUCUGGGCCAGGAUGGGCUUGGAGGGCAAAGUCUUUGAAGCCCUCUGCUGGGACUUUUACAGGGUGGCUCUUUGGCCUGUUGUCCUCGUGGCUCGGCACCAGCUGCUAUUUCGUGACCACAGCUGCCUCCCUGAUGGACAUCAUUGUCUUCAACAGGUGCUUUCCGACUUCGAAGAAGCUGCUCCUGUGUCUUCUAUUGCCAUUGCUUCUGGUUUCACUGACUUUUGGUGCUUGGUCUUUCAACCCCUAUGGACUGCAGACUUUCCACCCUCCUAUGCUUUCCUGGUGGGCAGCAAAAGGAAGCAGCAAGAGUGAGGAGUCACAGGAAUCAGGAAAAUCUACCCCAUAUUUCCAGGCUGAACAACAUGUCCUGUCAUGGGUUCAUUGUUCAGGAAGAUGACUGGAGACUCUGACAUCAGAUUCCUCUGCUCAUUGGCAGAAGGAGGCUGCUAGGCUGGAACACCUGCAGCUACAGCCAGGGGCCAUUGGGAAUGGAGAUGGGAAAUGCCUGAGCCAGGAAGACAUUCUGACUGUCCUGAAGGGCCUGGUGAGCCGAUGGGAAGCCACUCUGAAGCAAGACUUCCGCAGGGACAGUACUGCCUACAUCCAGGAAGUGAUGGCCAAGCUCAGGGCUGAAAGUCAUCAAGACUUGAAUAACAUCUUAAAGAAGAUUACUUGGGUGUGCCAGCUAGAAAGAUGAAUGCUCCAGGUCAAGUUGGAGUGGCAGAGUUUGGCCCAAGAAGCUAUCCAGGAAAACAUUGUAAAGGAAAUGGGUCCACUGCAGGCCCAGCUGGCUAGCAUGAAGCAGGAGCUGGUGGCCUUGAGCCAGAGACAAGCUGCAGUGGCAGAAGAAAUAGACCUUUGGUGAGAGAAGAUGGCAGCCCUGCGAAGUGAUGUGGAGUCACAUUUCCCAGCCUGGAUCAAUCAGUUUCUUGUUGGAGAUAAGAGCACUCAGUCAGGGUUCCUUCAGCUAGAGGAGGUGCAGGCCCAGCUUCAGGACCUGGAGCAGAGAAUACUUACUCAUGUGGCAGAGGGGCAGGUCAAGUUUGCCAGUGAAGCUGCUGCCAGCCAAAGGCUGAGCCUUCUCAAGGAUGGAAUGAGAGGGGUGACAGAGGAGGAAGUGCGCCAGACGGUGAAACAGGCUCUAAAGCUGUAUAGUGAAGACUGCAUUGGGCUGGUGGAUUACGCCCUGGAAUCCUCAGGUGCCAGCAUCAUCAGCAGCCACUGCUCAGCCACCUAUGACACCAGGAUAGCUGUUCUAAGUCUGUUUGGUAUCCCCUUGUGGUAUUAUUCCCACUCCCCAAGAGCCAUCCUCCAGCCAGACGUCUACCCUGGCAACUGCUGGGCAUUCCGGGGCCCGCAGGGCUUUGUCGGUAUUCGAUUGUCUGCCAGCAUCCACCUCACUGCUGUCACCUUGGAGCACGUGCCCAACACCCUGUCCCCCAUCAGAAACAUUCCCAGCGCCCCCAAAGACUUUGUCAUUUUGGGACUAAAUGAAAAUUCGCAGUUGGAGGGUGUGGCGCUUGGCCACUUCACCUAUGAUAACACUGGGGAGCCCAUUCAGACCUUCCACAUUCAGGAUAAUGACACAAUGCCAUACCAGCUGUUCAUUGGACAUUAUUCGACAAGGGAUCUGAGAUCUCGGCAGCCUAGGCAGCAAAUACAUCUUCUUAAGCCCUGCAGUUCUUCCCUCCUGUCAUGA